AUUUGGGCACGGCGGCGAAGGCGAUGGCAGUCCGUGAAGUUUGGCCCAAGUACUGCGCUGAAAUGGACUGCUCCAUCGCGCUAGCUUGUGAUGGUGCAAGCUUCGUGUUCUUGUUGGUCUUGAUGCGCCGCGUGCAUGUGUUGCUGGAACGACCUCCAUGGACCGCACAAAAGCCUCCGACACGACCGUGCCCGGCCGUGAAGUACAUUGCAGCGAUUGCAUUGGUGUUCUUUCAUAUUGCAUUCAUCCUCGUCAGAGCAUUGACGAACGCCCGAGCCAUGACACCUUCCGAGGCAUUGGGUUCUACCAUUCGAACGCUUAUGUGGACAAGUUACGCUGUGCUCCUUGCGCGGAACCCCCAUCUUGGAGAAACCAUAGCUGUGCGGAUUGGGCUUAUCCUGCAUGGUGUUGCGAGCCUCGCCCUGUUCAAACUUGACACUUCAACAAUCUCGUCAUGCCUGGUGUGCUUUAUCAGUGCAUUUACGGCCGUACUGGCCUUGCUGGCACUCGCCCCAUCGAUAACGCAUCGCUGCGACUCGGACAGGUCAUUCAGUCCCCUCGAUCAGUCGUCUCUGCUCUCCCGACUCGUCUAUGCAUGGGUGUCGCCGUUCAUUUCGUUGGGAUUGCAGCGCCGAUUCGAAAUGACGGACGUGCCGCCUCUCCCAGCUGCAGAUCGCACGGCCAGCCACAUGUUUCACACGGCACUAUUGCAAGAGCGCCGACAGCCCAAUCCUUCGUUCCUGCGCCUCACCAUGCGGCUGUACGGCUGCGAAGUCGUUGGAUUUGGUCUGUGGUCGGCCUGCAACAAGCUUCUGUCGCUGACGAGUCCAUUUUUGAUCAAAGAAUUCCUCGAGUGGUCCAGCAGUGCCGAGAGCCCGUCGUUGUCCACUACGGGUUUCAUCCUGGCUGGCCUCAUAAGUCUCCAAGCUGUGCUUUCGGCCUUCUCCGGCUCACAGUAUGGACUUGCAUGGGCACGUUUCGACCUGCGUGUGAAAGCGGGGCUUAUGUCGGCAAUUUAUGGUCGCACGUUGGAGCUAACGUUAGCCGAGAAGAGCGCGAUUGGGAUGGGUAAAAUCACAAACUACAUUUCGGUCGACUUGGGGCGCGUCGUUGGGAUGCCAGGCAGCGUUUUUGACAUGGUGCUCAUUCCCCUGGAGAUCGUGAUUGCUCUGGUUCUGCUUUCUCGAGAAGUCUCGUAUGCGUUCGUGGCUGGCCUGGGCGUCCUUGCCGUCAUGCUUCCGCUGCAGACGUGGCUAGGCAAUCAACUCCAAGUGAUCACACGAAAGAUGCUGCAGUUUCGAGACGAGCGCGUGGAGCUCACAAGUGAAACGAUCAAGGGCAUUCGCGUCCUCAAGCUCCUGGCUUGGAUCGAUCAUUUUGUUGGCAAGAUGCGUAUUAGCCGGCAGCUCGAAAUGGGCCAACUCGGCGCCCGCAAGUACCUGGACGCGUUGUGCGUCGUCUUUUGGGCGUCAACUCCCGUCAUCGUGCAGUCGUCCGUGUUCUUGGCCGUGAUUUACUCUGGCCGCGACCUCACGGCGGCCAACGCGUUUGUUGCGAUUGCGCUCCUCGAUCGCUUGAUAUACCCGAUGAAUUACUUUCCGUGGAUCGUAAACGGCUUUCUCGAAGCGCGCGUGUCGGCCCUUCGCAUCCGCGAGUAUCUCUUUGCACCAGUCGCCCCCGUCAUCCAGCCGCCGCCGCGCCCGUCGUCCGUGUGCUUGUGGCACCAGUGCACGUUUGCGUGGACGGAACCAACCCCGGAGAACCAGCCUGAGACAGAUGCCCUGACGACAGCACUGCUGACUGACCACGACAUGAGCCAGCACGCGUUCAAAUGCCACCUGGACCACUUUCAGUUGGACCCGGCACACAUGCACGUGCUAGUUGGCGCCACAGGCAGCGGCAAGUCGUCCAUGCUCCUGGCGCUCCUUGGAGAAAUGCCGCUACUCCAAGGACGGCACAUUGGGUCGCCGGGGAUCGUGUCGUACGCACCACAAGUCCCGUGGCUGUUUCCAGCGACCAUUCGAUACAACAUCACGUUGGACGCCGAAGACAACGAGCAAUCUUCAUCGUUGGCGAACCCGGAUUUGUAUCGUCAAGUGCUUGCCGCGUGCGCUCUGGAGCAAGACCUGAGCGCCCACCCCCAUGGGGACCGCACGAUUCUGAGCGAGCAAGGCGCCAACUUGAGCGGUGGUCAGCGCGCGCGUCUCGGCCUCGCCCGAGCGCUGUAUCAACGCGCUGACGUGUACUUGCUGGAUGAUGUAUUGAGCAGUUUGGACGUCGCGACCGCAUCGCAUGUGCUUCGACAUGCUUUCGCCGUCCUUCCGCCCACUGCAACAGUUGUGAUGGCCACGCAUGCCGUCCAUCUCCUCGACAACAUUGCUCGAUCGUACACGAUUCUCGUCGUGGAGCAUGGCCGAGUUGUCGAAAUGGGGACGCACGAAGACUUGACGUCGCGGGAAUCGUCUCGAUUCAACCAAAUGGCGCAAGUCGUUCGCGGAGUGGGCACUGGCAACGACAACGAGGGUGACGCUCAACGUGGCGACGGGACUCGACGAGGGGACAAUCUUGCGACGUCCGAUCAUCACGGGAGCGCGUCGGUCGAAGAGCAUCGCGACGACGGCGUUGUCGCCUCUUGGAUGUGGUGGCGAUACUUGCACUCGAUGGGAGGUGUUGUCUUGGGAAUGCUCGUCUUGUCUGUGCUUGUCAUGCAAGUGUCCCGCAACGGUUUGGACUACUGGAUUGCUCUGUACACGUCGGCGGAGCACCACCCGAUCGCGCCACUCGCGUUUGCCCACGGUCUGAUUGUGAUCACAGCGAUCAACAUCGUGGCCGUGACGGCGCGAUCUUUCUUCUUUGCCUACGGCGGCCUUCGUGCAGCAAAAGCUCUGUACGCCCGUCUCGUCCAUCGACUCUUCCAUGCGACCCUGAGCUUCUUCGACGUCACUCCACUCGGCCGCAUCCUGAACCGCCUCAGCGGCGACACCUACGGCGUCGACGAGAGCCUUCCAUUUAUCCUCAACAUCUUCAUCAAGGACUUUGCUGACGUGUGCGGGACACUUGUCAUCUUGGUUGCGACGAACCCAGCGGUCUAUUUUGUUCUCGGACCAUUGACUGUCGUUUAUUUUGUGCUGCAAAAGUGGUAUCGACCGACAUCGCGCCACCUCCGCCGGCUCGAUGCCGUCGCCCAGUCUCCGCUCGUCAUGACGUUCCAGGCAACCCUGGACGGCCUCCCGAUUCUGCGCGGCCUCCGAUGCGAGCCCAAGUGGUUCGGCGUGUACCUUCACCAACUUUAUCAAGCACAACGCGUGAGCUUUCUCGGAAACUGCACUGGCGCGUGGUUUGGACUGCGUCUCGAUAGCCUCGGUGUCGCAGUCACGACCUUUGUGGCGGUUUACGCUGCCAUCCAGUGCCAUUUGGGCCACCCCGUGCCGUCCGGCGUCCUCGGCCUCACGCUCAUCUACGCGCUCCCGAUCGUUGGCAAGUUCAACGCGAUCCUUGGUAGCUUCAUCGCGACCGAACAAAACAUGGUGAGCGUCGAACGAGUCCUCGAGUACUCGUACGUACCGGUGGAGGACGGCGACGCGCCAACUGCGGAUGCUCCAUCGUCCAGCGAAACCGGUCAAAGGGCCAGCCAUUCCGUGAACGACCACCUCGUGAAUUGGCCACCUCAAGGCCACGUCACCCUCACAAAUGUGUCCGUGCGGUACGGUGCCGGUGCGUGGACGGGCUUGAACCAGCCGGUGGAUGCCGCCGCCCCGACUGGCCUCCCCGCGGCGCUACACGGUGUGACGUGCCACAUUGUCGCAAAGGAAAAGAUUGGCAUCUGCGGACGCACGGGUGCGGGCAAGAGCACGCUACUCCAUUGCCUCUUCCGCGUGGUGCCGUUUGGCGGGCGCAUCGUGAUCGAUGGAAUCGACAUCUCGUCCAUGAGUUUGACCCGACUGCGAUCGGCGCUAUGCUUUAUCCCGCAGGACGCAAUGCUGUUUAAGGGAAGCGUCCGUGCCAACAUUGACCCGAUGGACACCAUGAGCGAUGCCGCGAUUUGGACGGCGCUGUCCCAGUGCUGUUUGAAGGAAGUUGUUGAAAUGUUCCCUCUGCAGCUGAUGGAGCCCCUGCAAAACAACGAGGCCAAGCUGAGUCGAGGUCAAGCUCAGUUGUUGUGUAUAUGCCGCGCACUCGUGCGGCAGUCCAAGGUUGUGUGUGUGGAUGAAGCCACGGCAGCGAUCGAUCACACGACAGAGCAACUGGUCAAAACGACGAUGGCGCAAGCUUUCAAGGACUCGACGGUACUAACAGUUGCUCAUCGCCUCCACUCGAUUCUCGACUCGGAUCGGGUCCUCGUCUUGGACGAGGGCAAGGUCGUCGAAUUCGACACCCCUCGGGCUCUUCGUGCGAUUCCGAACGGCUACUUUGCAGCGCUCUUGGACGGACACAUCGCAUCGUCGGCCUCGACAUAAAGCCCGACCGGUCGUGCGCCGCCGUCCUCACGCACGGCGAGAUCCGCCGUGGAGUGGUUUCGUUGUAACGUUCGUAACACGGUCACCGUUGCGGAUA